AUGGCAGCCACGUGCCAGGCCGACACGGAGCUCCGGGACCUGGACGAGGAGCAGCUCUGGGAGAUGCUGGAGAGCCACCGCUACCGCAUCGUGCGCAGCGUCUGCCCCAGCCGGCUCACCCCCUACCUGCGCCAGGCCAAGGUGCUGGACCAGCUGGACGAGGAGGAGGUCCUGCAUGGCCCCCAGUUCACCAACAGCGCCAUGAGAGCGGGCCACAUGCUGGAUCUCCUGAAAACCCGUGGCAAGAACGGCGCCCUGGCCUUCCUGGAGAGCCUCAAGCUGCACAGCCCCGACACCUACACCCUCAUCACGGGCCUGGAGCCCUCCAUCGACCUCAACAACUUCAGCGGCCUGGUGGAGAGCUCGAAGCUGACCGAGUGCCUGGCGAAGGCGGUGAACGGGCUGCAGGAGGCGGUGACGCAGGAGAAGCAGCAGAAAGCCUCGCUGCUGCACCGCUGCCGCCAGCUGCAGGAGCGCCUGGCCCAGCUGGAGGCCGAGGGCCAGCACCUGCGGGGCCUGCAGGCCGAGCACGACCGCAUGAAGCGGGAGCUCAGCACCCACUUCCACGAGGUGCUCAAGCUGAAGGACGAGGUGUACAGCUUGUCCAUGCACUACACCAACGCCCUCAAGGACAAGGACCUGGCCAUCACGCGCUGCCGGGCGCUGCAGGAGGAGCUCUACCUGAUGAAGCAGGAGCUGCAGCGCGCCCGCGUGGAGUCGUACUGCGAGCGGGAGCGUUCGUGGCGGAGGAGCAGCGACCUGCAGCCGCCGGCCGACGAGGUGCUGGUCCUCAGGGAGGAGAACGAGAAGCUUCGGUCCAUGGUGGAACUGGAGACGUUCAGCCUGGUGCAGAAGGACAUCCUGGAGCAGAACCUGGACGAGGCCCUGGAGGGCAAGCAGGAGCUCCUCGAUCGCAUCCACUCGCUGCGGGAGAGGGCCGCGAUUGCCGAGAGCCAGCGCAAGCAGUACUGGGAGGAGAAGGAGCACACCCUCUUCGAGUGCCAGAAGAUGCGGGUGGAUUGCGAGAUCUACAAGGAGAAGAUCAGUGCCUUCCAGGCCCAGGUGGCAGAGCUGCAGAAGGAGCGAGACCAGGCGUACAGCACAAGGGACGUGGUGCAGCUGGAGAUCUCCCAAAACCUGCUGGAGAAGGACGCGCUGCGCAGGAAGGUGUUCGAGCUGACGGACCAGAUCUGCGAGCUCAGGAAGCGUGCCAGGGAGCAGCAGGCAGAGCUGGGCUGCACGGUGCCCACGGUGCAGGACGAAGCCCCCGCCAGCCUGGAGCCUGGGGAGCCGUGCCUGCGCAGGAAGCAGCGGCUGGUGCGGAUGCACGCCAUCUGCCCCAGGGACGACAGCUGGAGCAGCUCCCUCAGCGCGCUGGAGCUGUGGUCAGACCUGAGUGCACGGUGGAGCAGCGAGGUGGCCGACAGCUUCCGGUCCUGCAGCCCCGUCCCACCCUGCAAGUGCUCCCUGCAGCGGAGAGCCACGCAGGACUACCUGGAGGGCUCCUUGUCCAGGAGCAGCUCCCAGGACUUCCUGGAGGUGGAUUUCAGCCUCUUCCCUGGGGAGAAGGCAGAGGACCCCCUGGUUGAGCACGAGGCAGCUGAGCAGCACGCUGGUGGCUCCCCACCACCCAGCCCAGGCCCCUCCAUCUCCGAGAGCAUACCUAUGCGCCGGCGGCCUGCCCGGCGGAUCCUCAGCCGCGUCACCACCAUCGCCUUCCAGGGCACGGCCCUCCUGGACCAGAUCAGCGUCAUCGGGGGCAACCGGACGGGCAUCUUCAUCCACCGGGUCAUCCCGGGCUCGGCUGCUGAUGAGAUGUCUCUGUCCCCAGGCCACCAGAUCAUGGUGGUCGACUACGAAGUCAUGGACCCGGCGUUCAAGGCCGUUCUGGAGGAUGCCACGCUGGAGGAGGCGCUCUGGGUCCUGGGGAGGGUGAACGGUUUCUGCUGCCUGUCUGUCAGGAGCAACAUGGAAGGCUACAAGAAGCUGGUGAACGACCUGGAGGAGAAGGUGGUGACCUCGGGUGACUCCUUCUACAUCCGGGCCAACUUGGCGCUGGAGGGGAAGGUGACGGGGGGGCUGCAGGUGCAGUGCAAUGAGAUCCUGCACAUCACGGACACCGUGUUCCAGGGCAGGAGCCGGUGGGGCGCCAGCCGGGUCAACCCCUACAGCAUGAAGGAUGGGGACGCCGGCACCAUCCCCAACUACUACCAAGCGCAGCAGCUGCUCAUCGCCCUGAUCCGGGACAUGACCCAGCCCAGCACGGCAGCUCGGAAGCCGCCCGGGGUGCAGGCCAAGCUGGUGCGGAUCGUCAGCACGGACAGGAGCAGUAUCAACCCUCUCUGGUCAUCCAUCGACUGCGGCACCGACGACCCCAGCAAGCUGGACGCCAGCCCCAGGACGUGUCCCAGGGGAGGCAGCUGCUUCACGCUGAUGCCCUACACGCUGGUGAGGCCCCACAAGCCAGUGCGGCUGCGCCCUGUCCUCUGCGUGCCCACGCUGCUGGGCCAGGUCCUGAGCAACAAGCUGUGCCUCACUAAGACCUUCGAGAAGUGCCCCUCAGAGCUCCUGAGCGAGGCCAAAUGCCCGGCCACCCACAGAGCCAUCGUCCAGGGGAAGAGGGCACUGACUGGCCACUGCGGCAUCACACGCCAGGCCCUCGAGGUGCUGAUGGAGAAGAACGUGCACGGCUUGCUGGACGUAGGGCCGGAGAGCGUGCGGGCCCUGCAUGCCAUGGACAUGUACCCCAUCAUCCUCCUUGUCACCCUCAGCGAGAAGAACAUCAAGAAGCUACGAAAGGCCUUGCAGCGCCACGGGGUGACGGAGGAGCAGCUGCUGGAGGGCGCGCGGAGCCAGGAGGCCCAGCUGGAGAAGGCGCCCUGCCUCCACGGCACCAUCACCCCCGACAGCUGGAGCGACGUGGACAGCUUGGUCGGCUGCCUGUGCGCAGCAGUCGCCCACGAGCAGAAGAAGGUGGUGUGGAUCGAGCAAGACCUGCGCUGACCCGGGGAGGCAGCCGCAAACCAGGGACUGGGAGGGGGUUUCCUGGGGGCUUCUGGAGGCUUGUUUCAGAGGAGGGUGAAGGACCUGUUAACUAAAGGGUUAAAGGGUGUCGUGUUUGCACCCCCUGCUAGUGCUGGGUGACCCCUCACCUGGCUGCUGUCUGCUCUCCGUGGCAGGGAGCCCCCUGUAACUCUAUGUAUAGGGCGUUUCUCACUUCAGCUCCGCUCCCCUUUCAUGUGUGGGGGUGGGCACCUCUGCAGUGGUGCCCGGGUGCCAGGGCAGGACCUGGCAUGAGCAGGGCUGCCCUGACUGACGCGGUGCUAGGUCUGGACCUGGCCAUCCCCGGUGCAGCCGGGCCGUCCCCUCCCAUGGCUGGGGUCUCACUGUACUGGGUAUCCCAGGUUCCUCUGAUCUCUGCUGGCUGGGCCCACGCACAUCAGAGGCUGUAAGUUCUGUUCGUUCUCUGCAUUAAACCUCGU